AUUUUGUCUUACAACAACAUUAUGUAUUGUAGCUAGUUUAAUAAGUUAAGACUGACACAAUUCUUUAAAUAUUUGUCUUUGAUUUUUAAGUAACAUAAAAUUGUACUAUAUGAAAAAAGUCGCCUAAAAGAUGAAUAAUAAAAACUAUGAACGAUGUUCACAUUGCAAUCGAAGAAAAUGGCUUACAACUGGCUGCCUUAGAAAAUGGUUAAAACCUAUGGAAUGCAAGCACUUAUCAAGAAAUUUAGAUAGUAAGAGAGGAGAUUUCAAUAAUACAGAUAUAGGAAAUUGUGUUUUUCUAUCAGAGAGGACACCUAAUGUUAACAAUAAUAAGUUCGUUAAGUUUUGGAAAAACAAACUUUUUAUAACUGGCAGUGUCAGAUCUUUUCAACGGUAUUUUGGACGCAAAUCGACUAACAGUGACUAUUGUAACAAACCUGUAGUUGCUUCUUCUUCUGGAGAAAAAAUAUCAUUGUACUCUAAACAUGAAUUAAAAAAGGAUACAGAAUUAGACGCAAAUUCUGUUAAUAAUUGUCAACAUUCAAAUGAUCAUUCUGUUUUGAGGGGGCAUCGUCUACAUGCUUCAUUGGAAAGUUGUGAAAUAUAUUGUCAGCUUGUUAAACACGGUUGGUACUGGGGUGGGAUAACAGCAAGUGAAGCAGAAGAACUUCUUGCAGGACAACAUGACAAUGUCUUCCUUGUUAGAGACUCUUAUGACUCUCGCCAUAUCUUAUGUGUGUCAUUUCGCUGUGUUGGUCGUACACUUCAUGCACGUUUAAGACAUGCAGAUGGAUUAUUCUCACUGAACAAUGAGACAUUUGUGCCAGCAAGUAGAAUAUCAGAACACUGUGCUACUGUUGAUGUUAAAUCUAAUUUGUUUGAGAUGCCAGUCAAGUUAGCCAGGCCACUAAAUAGGUUUGCAAAAUUAGAUUCUCUUCAAAAGAUCUGCAGAUUUGUUAUAAGACAAACAGUUGCUGAAACAUUGUGGAGUGAGUUACCACUACCACCAAACCUCAUUUGUUAUGUCUCCGUUGGAAGUGAUUACAUCACACAUACAUAGUAACAAUCAGUUUGGAGGCUGUAACUAGUUGAUUGAACUAUAUAAAUUUGUAAUACUAUUGGUUUCAAUACUACAAUCAAAAUUUUACAAAACAGGUAAAAGUUUAGAGUAUAAUUUUGUAACUAGUUGUAGAUAUUGUUGGUGCUGUUGCCAAAACUUGUCAUGUGCAUAUAUUUGUUGUGUGACUAGAUAAUAAUAUAAUAAUAUUGACACACUUUUUACAAAAAUUAUAUUGCCCCAAGUUAAGCAUAUAUAGCCUGUGUAAUGGGUUACAAGACAAUGAUAUAAUAUUUAAUACAAUAUACUUACUUAAACAUACAUAUAUUCAUAUAAACAUACAUAAAUACAUAUAAACAUCCAUGACUCGGAAACAAACUUCUAUAUUCAUCAUAUAAAUGCUUGCACCUACCGGGAUUCGAACCCGGGACCUCUAGCUUAGUAGGUAGGAUAGCUAACCACUCGGCUAUACAGGUUGUAAUAAAUAUAUGGUUUCAUAUUUUUUAUCAGAUACCCAUUGUGACUUAUUAUAUGUAUAAAAAUGAAGCAUAUGGAAUGAACUUCCUUUUUCGGUGUUUCGAGGACAAUACAACAUGGGUACCUUCAAAAAAAGCGUGUACACCUUCCUUAACGGCUGGCAACACUCCUGUGAUUCCUCUGGUGACCCGUACACUUGUUUGUCCUCCUAUUCCAUAAAAAAAAAUAUGGUAUCAUAUUGAUUAAUAUUUUUAUAGAAACACUACACAACCACAUGAAAAUAAAGCAGCUUAGGAGUACUUACUCACUUUAAAUCAAUAUUUAACAGUUAUCUGAGAGAGACAGAUUAUUAAAAUCUGAUUCAUACAGCAUGACAAAACAAACUCAGUCAAAAAACUUGAUAUAUUAUUCUACUAUUAUUAUAUACAGUAUGGCGCUACAAUUGCGACAUUAAAUAUACACAAGGGUAGAUCUACUCAACCCUAAUCAUUUAAAAAAUAUUCAAUAACAAAAUACAUAAUUCACAUAAACAAAUCAAAGUUCCUUAAUAUAAUCUAGAAGCCACACACUAGCAUAGCCACUGACAUCUACUUCGUGCAGUCUUGUGUGACCACUUAAGGGUGAUUGAAAUUUUAUAUCCUAAAUAUAUAAUUUGUUUGUUUGAAAUAAUUGUCAAUUUCAAUUAUUAACAUAAAAUUUUAGAAUUAUUUUUAUUUUAAUGAUUUUUUUUUUUUUUUUUAAUUUAUUGCCAUGCCAUUUUAAUGUUAGAUAUUAAUAUUGCCAUGCUGUAUAAUUCUACGGUAAUAAACUUUUGUAAUAUAAAAAAAUGUAAAUAGAAUAAUGUGCAUUAUAGUUUUAGCAAGCAAACAACAAUAUCAACAUUGUUAAUUUAUCAGAUCACAAAUAUAUUAUUAUGUAUUGUAUCACAGUAAUGAUGUUCAGAAGGGUAGGAAAAAAAGAUGCAAUGAAAAUAAUAUUUUAUUAACUAGCAAACAAAAAUACUGUACUUGUAAUUCUACUGAAAACAUUGAAAUAAGCUAAUAGGCAACUGAUUAUUUCAGUGUAUUUAUACCCAGCAUGUUCUUCGCCUGUAAAGAAUAAAGUAUAUAAUUAAAACAUGGUUAUAUUUUUUAUAUUAAAUGUAAGUUCAAUGAGUGUUCAUAUAAUUAUGGAAAUUGUUACCUUUAUAAAAUUAUAGAAAAAUAUUUUGUAUAUCUAA